AUGUUCUUUAAUUUUUCUAUUGUAAACAAUAAGUUUCAGCAUUUUAUUACCCAUUUACUUCAACAAUGGGAACUACACUUUUUUCUAUGUCUGUUUACAUUCACAAACCUCUUUCUUAUUCGUAGAAUAUUUCAACCAAAGUCCCUAUCCAAAAUCAGAAGGUACUUUGCGAAAUAUAGGUUUGUAGAAUUCUCUCAAAUCUUGUUAUCUUCAGUCGCUUGCAUCCUUUCAUUGUGGAUCCAGCCAACGACUUUCUGGUAUCCUCUUCAAAUAUUGCUUCAUCUGGAACUAGUUUGCUUUUAUGUGAUAACAUCAAGAGACCACUUACAGGCACCGUUGUUUUGCAAUCUGAGCAUACUUUACUCUUUCGGUUUGUUUACAUCUUCUGUUCUAAGCGUCGUUUGUUCAUCUCGUUUUGCAACUGAACAAUUCCAAUUAUCACAGCUAAUGAGUACUUUCGACAACCGUAUUCAGGUUUCUUACAUAGCGAUAUUAUUUUUUCUAAAUCUCUUUCCUUUGUUCACUCCUCGAGUAUGGUAUCCAGUUCAACCAAAUGUUCUGUCUGAUAUUCCUUCUACCGAACAAACCUGCUCCUUAUUUUCGUUAUUUUUCACCUAUGGUUGGCUUAAUGAUAUUAUCUUUAAGGCUUGGAAAAGCCCUGUCUCGCUUGCAGAUAUGCCUGCGUUGCCCAAUACAGAUCAAACUUUAAUAUGGUUUUCUGCUUUCCAAAAACAAGGAAAGAAGGGCCUUAUAACCAUGAUUUUAUACUCACUACAGUCGAACGUUCUUUUCCUUGCCGUGCUUUCUGUAAUAGUCAGCUUGACUACUUUUAUAUCGCCGUAUGCUAUAAAAAAUUUACUCCAAUAUCUUCAAACUCCUCAGCGUGAUACCUCGAGAUGUCCAAUUCAUUUGCUUUUGAUGUUAUUGUUCGGCCCAUAUGUUGCUUCUGUCAUUAAGGAGUACAGCGUGCAUAUCUCAAGGCGAUUUAUGCUACGUACGAAGGCAGGCAUCUCCCAGUUAAUUUAUGAAAAAGUCGUUCAUUCUAAAAUUUCCCAAAUUACCAUGGAUGGUUCACAGGCUAACAUUGACCAUAUAUAUAAUUUGCUUGCUUCCGAUGUUGACAACAUUGCCAACAUGAGAGAGUUUAUUAGUUUUUUCGUUCGAGGUCCCAUUGAUGUAGGGAUAGCAAUGUUUUUCUUACAUCGUUUACUUGGCUGGAGUGCUUAUGUUGGUGUUCUUUUGGCGAUUAGUAGUGCCCUUCUCCCUCUUUUGAUUUCUUCCAAAUUAGCCGAGCUAACUUCAAUAUCUAAUCGUUCUAGUGAUGAUAGAAUUCGAUUUACUACGGAAAUUUUGCGAAGUAUCAGAGUUACCAAGUUUUUUGGUUGGGAAAAGCCAAUGCUACAAAAAGUUCGCGAAAAGCGCAAUAUUGAAAUUGCAAAUAUCUGGAGGCUAAAUAUUCUCGACAUCACUUUUAAAAGCUGUAUGAAAAUCGCGCCCUUCUUAAGUAUGUUUAUAACAUUCGCUACAUUCACAAAAGUAAUGGAUAGGGAAUUAUCCCCUUCCAUAGCUUUUACCUCUAUUUCUCUUUUCUCUGUACUUAGAAAUCAAUUCAUAACUCUCUCAGGUAUACUUCGGCAAAUGAUUCAGUUUCGUGUUUCUAUUAAUCGCGUUAGUUUGUUCUUGGCUAAAGGUAGCGAACCAAAUGAAACACCUGUAAGCCAUGAAGAAAUAUCCUUUACGAAUGCUUCUCUAUCUUGGUGCCCUUUCCCUUCUUCUGCUCAAUUUCAGCUUAGAGAAUUAAACUUUACGAUUCCCCGUGAUCAAUUUACGUUAGUUUUAGGAGCUACAGGUUCUGGGAAAACGACGCUAGCUGCUGCUAUCCUUGGCGAGCUGCAUCUUACUAGCGGUAAAAUGAAUGUUCCCUUGAGAGAGGAAUGUGUUGGUUAUGUUCCCCAAACAUCCUGGCUCAGGAACGAUACAAUCCGUGCUAAUAUUCUGUUUGGAGAGAUUUUCGACGAAUAUAGAUAUCGCAAAGUCAUUGAGGCUUCAUGCUUAGAGGCGGAUUUGGAAAGGCUCCAUGCCGGUGAUUUAACUUUUGUCCAGUCGAACGGAUCAAGUCUUUCAGGGGGACAAAAGCAAAGGAUAUCAUUAGCUCGAGCAUUGUACUUAAAUUCAAAUGUUUAUAUUUUUGAUGACAUAUUUUCGGCGCUGGAUAUUGCAACGUCGAAGAAAGUUUACAAAAACUGCUUUGAGAGCGGGCUCUUAAAAGGUAAAACAGUCAUUUUGUUUACUCAUAAUAUCAAUCUUUCUAUAUCAAUGGCUGAUAAUGUCAUAUUGUUGGAAAAUGCUACGGCAAAAUUUGUGCCCUCGAAAGAAAUUAAGGGACAGUCUUCUUUUCUUUCUGCUCAACAUAAUGGCGCUAGUCAUGAACCUGCGCAGACCAACCUUUCAACUGACCCUCACGAAAAUAUGUAUGAAGACAAUGUAGUAUCUGCAGAAGAGGAAGCAACAACAGGAGUUUGCAGUGCGGUGAAGCCAAGCCUUGCUUCUUUAGCAAGUCACUAUAUGAGUUAUUUCGGAUCGUCCUUUUUCCUUACCAUUUGUGGAUCGUUUGUAUUAUUGACUCAACUGAUGAUAGCAAGUAUCAACUUUUGGGUGGCAGUUUGGUCCGGGCAAUCUCAUAAAGGGUUAAAGCUUCCAUUUUCAUUUUCUUUUCUCCAGGGCUAUGCGUUUCUCUUGGUCAUUUACUUUAGUGUCGACUUAAUGCGAGGAGGAUUGUUUUCUGCGGGUGGCCGUAGAGCCAGUAGAUCUCUUCAUGAGCGGGUCUCAGAACGCGUUUUUGGCAGUCCAUUGCACUGGUUUGAAAAAACCGCAAUAGGCAGAGUUAUAAACAGAUUUUCGAAGGAUAUUGCAUCUGUGGACAAUAUGUUAUGGGUUUCGAUUGAAAACAUAUUAUGCUGUCUAAUGGCUUUGUUAAUGGGCCUUGGGAACGUUACCAUUAUUAUGCCUAUAUUUAUUGCUCCAGCCGUUUUGGUUUGCAUCGUCGUGUAUGGAUUUGCUUAUGUGUAUUCAAAGGCGCAAAAACAGCUUACUGCUUGCUCUUCUUCUCAAAUAUCGCCUGUUUUUAGCUUGUUGGGUGAAACGUUGUCCGGGUUAACGAUUAUUCGUGCAUUCCGAAAGGAAGAGGCAUUUGAAAUAGAAAACAUGGCUGUGCUUGACCAUAUGCUUCAAUCGCAGUUUGUUUCGUAUGCCAUUAAUCGCUGGCUGGCGAUCCGUACCGAUGGGAUUAGUGGGUUGGUUGGUUUUCUUACAGCAUUGAUUGCUAUAUGGAAACAAAAUAUUCCUACAGAAUUGGUUGGAUUCUCUCUAAACAGUGCAGUAGGACUGAAUCUAUGCGUAUUAGUCUUUGUGCGAGCUAGCAAUGAAUUGAUUACGCAUCUAAAUAGCUAUCAUAGACUGAACGAAUAUAGCAACCUUCCGCUGGAAGAGCAUCAGAUGGCAUCCGGCUGUCAAUUGCGAGAUGAGGGAUGGCCGAGAUCGGGGUCAUUAGAUGUACAGCAGUUGACAGUUCAUUAUGGGAUGAGUGCGACGCCUGUGCUUGAAGACAUAAGUUUGAAAGUAGCGCCAAAGGAAAAGCUUGCGAUUGUGGGAAGGACGGGGAGUGGAAAAAGCACAUUGGGUUUAAGCUUACUUCGAUUUACAAACCAAACAAGUGGGAGUGUUCAAAUUGACGGCGUGGAUAUCAACACGCUACAGUUGGAAACGCUUCGGCAGCGAGUGAGUCUUAUUCCGCAAGAUCCGGUUUUGAUUUCAGGCACAGUCAGAAGUAAUUUGGACCCAUUUGAGCAAGUGAGUGAUGAAGAGUUGAACGAUGUAUUACAAGUGACCUCUUGCGACACAUUGGUGACGACGGGAUCAGGGACGGCGGGAUCGUCCUUUGCAAUUCAAUUAGAUACACCAGUGGAAACGGGCGGGACGAAUUUUUCGCAAGGACAAAGACAGAUUUUAGCGCUUGCAAGAGCGCUUGUUCGAAAGUCGCGGAUUAUAAUUUUGGACGAAAGUACGGCAUCUGUGGACGAUACUACGGACCGUCGAAUCCAAGAGAUGUUACGGAGGGUAUUUCGAGAAGCAACUGUCUUGUGCAUUGCACAUCGAAUCAAGACGGUAUUAGAUUAUGACAAAAUCUUGGUAUUAGAUGCAGGAAAAGUCAUUGAGUAUGGAUCGCCCAAGUCUCUUUAUUGGAAGCGAGGAUCGUUUUGGGCAAUGUGUCAACAAAGUCAAAUUUCGUUGUAG